AUGAAUCUCUUACGAAAGUUUUACGACAAAAAGCGCGAUUCGCGAGUGUCAUUGUCAUCUUCAGCGUCAACAGGUUCACUACGGUCAAUCAUUUCAUUGACCCACAGUGCGUCAUCCGUGUCUCUGGCAUCAUCUUCAGGUACCACAAUAAGAUCGUCAACAGAUGGCGUGGAAAAAUUGAGUAGCAGUGGUAGUGCAAGAGGCCGUGGAGUAUAUUUGCAUCCAAGGCUUGCACAUUCAGCAUCAGCAGUGUGUAUCGGUAGUGGUAAUCAUAGUGGCACUACUACGGGGCCACGAAGUGCACGUGCGACCAACGUUAUUUCUCGGCGUCAAUCGUGUAUGGAACUUGAGUCUUCAACACGAAAGGAAAGCGGUAGUAGUAGUAGCGAAGAGAACGAAAUAGAAGAAAAAGAAGAGAGAACAAAGAUCAAAGAAAAGAAACGGCGACUUGUGAAGGAAUUGGAGAUUGAUACCAAACAUGUUUUUGUAUCACGGUACGUGGCGAUGCAAGGCGUGGAGGACCGGAUGAUAACUCCUGCAGAUGUUGGUGGAUUUUUAAAGAGUGGUGAUGAUGGCAAAUAUCUGGCCGGUUACGAGAGCAGCAGUAGUAACAGCAGCAGUAACAAUGGUAACGGCAGCGGUUAUUGGAGCAGCAACUUUGGGGAGUCUGAUUACGAGGGAGAACCUGCGGAAGCCGUGCGGGUUUCUGUAAGUGCAGUUUCUGGGAAACUUGUGAACUUUGGCGGGUUCAAAGAGGGAGAUGUUAGGGAUUCAAGAUGUAGUAAUACGGUAUCGGUAAAAAGUUCAGAAUUGUUUCCAGUUAAGUCGAUGGUUAAUGAUAAUACUACAGCAGUAACUGCUACUACUACUACUACUAAGUUAGAAGCAGUCAAGCAGGCACGUCGAAGAUCCUUUUCGUUAUUUGGGAAAACAGCCAAAGGUUUGCCAGCAAUAAGGGUCCCUUCACCGGAACCCAUGAUUGUGCUGGGGUCCGAAGCAGCAGCAACAAUUCGGACGAAAACAAAUGACGAUAACAACAACAACAAGCCUUGUGACAAUUCUUCAUCAUCAUCAUCGUCAUCUUCUUCUUCUUUUGCACCGCACAAGCGGUACGGCGGUCUUUUACGGAAAUGGCACUCGUACACAGAUUUUGGGGCGCUUCUAGGGUCUUCUUCUUCUUCUGCUUCUACAGCAUCGUCAUCGGCAUUAAUGGGAGGAACUGGUGCACCGAAGGGUUCCAGCAGCAUCAACACUAAGAAGGGAAAGUCCUCAGCGGAAGAGUUUCCAGAAAGAAUUUGCGCCAGGGAUCAACAGCCAAUGGUAGUUCCAAAGAAGCAGCCGCAGAAGAAAGAAAUGAAAUCUGGUGAAACGCAUGCACUCCUUUGCACAGGUUCUUUGUCUCAUCUGUUGUUGUCGCAGCCCCAGAAAACAGCCAAGAUGCCUCAUCACCACUAUCGCAAGCUACGACAUGAAAGCAUCAAAGUGAUUCCUGGACCCUUUUUGACGCAGAUCUACAGCCCCCAAACACCAGUUUCUAAAGAGUCUGGCUGUGAUAACCUGAAUAAUGAUGACAAUACUCAGGAGACACCAAAGGCAUCAACAUCAGUAUCAGCAGCAGCAGCAGCAGCAGCAGCAGCAGCAGCAGUAGUAGUAGCAACUAAAGCCUCAAGAGAAAUGGAUGGUGGCCAGGACCCGAUUGGAGUUGUGGCAAGCACCGAAGCAAAACAAGGGCCAGCCGCACAAAGAGAAGUACCAGCCGUGCAUGAGGUCACAAAGGCAGCCGUACACUUUGUAGCAGGUGCAGCCGUGUGCAGUGGAACCGCGAAACGGCCGAAACAGGCGAGGAGAAGAAGAAGCCCAGCAACAGCAACAUCAGUGGGUGAACAUAAAAGUACUGGCAGAGCCCAUAACAGACAAAAAGCUCAGCAACAAAGAACUUCUGUGACUUGUUUGUUCAACUCAACUUCAUCAUCCUCUCCUUAUUAUUAUAAUCACCACUACCAUCACUUGUCUCAUUCGUACUCAACUCCAAACCUCCUCGCAUUCAAAAUGGCUUCUUCUCCUGGUUCAAUAUUCCUAACCAACGGUACCACCUCCCAAGCACACGCAAUGACUACCACUGUCUUGAUGUCUCCGCUCAAGGAAGAACAAACCCCACCUCCAGACAGCCCUCUGCGACCCUCGUCUGCUUCUGAACAACGUGCAACCAUGGGAAUUGCGUUGGCAAUCACGUCUUCUCAAACCAUUGUUUCAACCGAACACUUUCUUCAUAAUCACCAGUACCACCGUUACAGCCGGUGCCAUCUGCCGCCGAUCGACACCUGCGAUACCACGUCAGGUGUUUUCCAGCCCUUUUACACGCCUCUCAGCACCCCCGUGCGACCCAAUCAUACGAUCUCUGCUCAAUCGUCUCCAGGAUACUACUCUACAAGCUCACCAGGGACGGCAACAGAGUUGUCAAAAAAGAAACCCCGUGGUGCUCAAAGAGCUGCAAAACGUGUUUCCCAACCUUCUCCCAUCCACGCCGCAGGAUUCUGGAAACAAGAUCAGGCAUCAACUUCUUCCUCGACUUCUUUAGUUGCUUCUGCUCCCCUACUUACUCCACCUGGAUUGGGUACUCCUCCAUUGUUGUACUAUAGCCCCUCUGAUAUUCCGCUAUCUACCAUCAAUUCUCAUGAGGAACAAGGUCAUGCUGAUAACAUUAACGAUAAAAAUGAUGCCGAUUGGAGUUUCUGUUCAAGGGAAAGCCAUGAUACUGAACCUGUUUCUUCUUCGGUUCCUGCUUCGACUGCUGUUUUUGCUCCUGGUUCUGGUUCUGGUUCUGCUACUACUACUGGUUCUGGUUCUGCUCCUGAAAUCACAAGGACUAUCAGCAAACCCAGAGCAUUGCCAUUACCACCUAUCAACAGACCAUUGCCUCCAAUUCCUACAGUGACUAUUGCUCCCGCCACGGAGCCAGAUUCUGAUAAUGAGGAUGAAGUCAUCAUCACUGCAGUUACUGUUCUUGGUGACCAGCAAUCGUCUUCCAAGAGACGCGCCUCUUCACGACCUGCGAGGCUCAAAAACUUACUUCGUCGUGGGACCCCAGACGAGGAACUUACAUCCUCUUCCUCCUCCUCCGAUGACUCGUGUGCUAUCGUCUCUCCGCCAGAAUCCCCAACGGUAUCUACGUCACCUCUUCACCGUCUAUUUGCGCCGCGCGCUCGCACACGGUCCACGUCCUCAGGUGCGGCAUCAGUUGUUUCGUUGCCUCUGUUUAGAACAAGUCACGGAUCUGCCGCUGUUCCACAACUUCCUCCUCUUUCUGGGCUGUCAUAUCAAGCACAACCCAUGAAAUCAUCUUCUAGUGGGCCUAUUAAACCAUCAGCCAUAAACAUUCACAACCGUAGAAUCAACCAGUCAUCAUCUCGGUUAUCUCUCGCAGCUGUUAAAACUUCGGUCUUGUCACCGCUAUCGCCGACGUUCCAACUCAGGUUCCCGCGCAGUGCUACAACAACCCGAUGCAUGGUUCCACAAUCAUCAUUGCCGCUAGACAAACCCUGGAAACAACAACAACAACAGCAGCAGCAACAACAACAAUUGCUACUGAGCCCCACAAAUCCAAUGCCUACACCCAUGGAAUCGCAACACUCUGCAUCUUCCAUCUUCUCAUACUAUGCAGGGCACCGAGACGACUUGGAUGAAAACUUAUUUGACCAAGAAGAAGAAGAAGAAGACGAUAACUCUUAUUCAGAAACGUCAUCCCCACAAGAACUCCAUGGCGGCCACCAGGACCAUCAUCUCUUGCUCCCCCACAAUAGCAACAAACUCAAUACUACUCCAGUCACUGCCCUCUUUUCACCAACAACCACUAAAAGACGCUCCAUAUCUAACCCUCUACCCCUCAAAACACUUUCCCCAGCAAAAGCAUUGACAGUUAUCACAGGCCGCUACGGAAUAAUCCGACAUACAACCCAUGGACCACCUUCUGCGUGCGCUUUUGAAGAGACAGACGUGUGGGCACAAUAUUACUUGGCGCGCGAUGAAGCUGGAGAACUCGAUUACUGGGAUGACUACGAAGACGGGUCUGUAGCACGAGUUUUAGGCAAUGUCGUGUACAUUUGA